AUGGCAGAAUUCAGAGAUUUGGAAAAGGGCAACGAGGUCGUCUCUGAGUCUGCCGAGGAGCAGACCCUUCCGCCGCAGGACAAAGCGCAGGUCGGUUCCGUAAGGGGAAAUGCUGCGGAUGCAGAUCAGGUCGACUGGGAUGGGCCCGAGGAUGAGGAGAACCCCUUCAACUGGCCGCGAUGGAAGAAGAUGCGUCAGUUGGUGCUGAUGGCUUUUAAUACUUUCAUCACUCCUCUCGCCUCGUCCAUGUUCGCCCCCGGCGUAGCGGACGUGAUGCGCGAAUUCAAAUCUACCGAUACCAUGCUAGCAUCGUUUGUCGUCUCGAUCUAUAUCCUGGGAUACAUGGUCGGACCGUUCCUGAUCGCGCCUCUGUCGGAGCUGUACGGCAGGGUGCCGUUGUACCAUACAUGCAAUGUGCUAUUCCUGAUCUUCACUAUCGCCUGUGCCGUCGCCCAAUCCUUGCCGCAGUUGAUGGUCUUUCGGCUUCUGGCUGGCAUCGCCGGCGUGUGUCCGCUCACUAUCGGAUCGGGCACGGUCGCAGACAUGGUCCCCAAAGAGAAACGGGCUGGAAUCAUGGCGAUCUGGGCGUUGGGUCCAAUUAUGGGGCCGGUAAUCGGUCCCGUAGCGGGAGGGUUUCUGGCCGAAGCGGAGGGAUGGCGGUGGGUGUUCUGGGUGAUUGCCAUCGCUACCGGCGUUAUGACCAUUGCAUGCAUGAUUUGCUAUCGCGAGUCGUAUGCGCCCGUCGUGCUGGAACGCAAGGCGGCUCGUCUACGCAAAGAAACAGGGAAUGAAAAACUCCACAGCGUCCAUUACAAGGGCCGACUUACUCUUGAUCUAUUCUUGUCCGCUUUGGCUCGGCCGGUGAAGCUAUUAUUUCGCUCUCCGAUCGUCUUCAUGCUCGCCACGUUCGCCUCCGUCACAUACGGCUACCUGUACCUGAUGUUCACGACCAUUACCCCAAUUUUCGAGAACACGUAUGGCUUUUCACCGGGAGUCGCUGGACUGUCGUAUUUGGGCUUUGGAAUCGGCAGCGUCCUCGGUCUGGUCAUCUGCGGCGUCGUUUCGAAUCGCAUCGCCGUUGCACACACCGCGCGAGGUUGCUUUACGCCCGAGUCUCGUCUCCCACCCAUGCUUGUCGGAUGCUGGGCGAUCCCGAUCGGAUUAUUCUGGUACGGCUGGUCCGCCAAAGCACAAACUCACUGGAUCGUACCGAUUCUCGGCACGGGGGUCUUCGCACUCGGUUUAAUGUCCGUAUUCAUGUCGGCCAACACAUACCUGGUCGAUUCGUACUUGCGGUACGCGGCGUCCGUGACAGCUGCUAACACGGCCCUGCGAUCGCUCGUCGGCGCCGUCUUGCCUCUUGCAGGACCCUCGAUGUACGAUGCGUUGGGACUGGGAUGGGGCAAUUCAUUGUUGGCUUUUAUUGCGUUGGCCAUGUGCGUCUGUCCGCUCCUAUUCUGGCGGUAUGGAGCCGCGAUUCGGACCCAUCCACGCUUUCAGGUUCGGCUGUAA